AUGCGAAACGUUCUAAUUUCGCCCAUUGCUUUGCAGUCAGCAGAUCGAUAUCGUGCCAAAAUCCUUGCUGAGAUCGCAUAUGUUCGUGGGCAUUGAUUGACAUGCGUGGCGCCACAUUCCUGA